ACCGCCCUUCGGAGGUUUCCGUCCGAGGGGAUGGAUCGAGCGUUCGCGGCACCAGCCCCGAGUCUCUCUCUUUCUCUCUCUCUCUGUGCCUGUGAGGUAGCGUGUUUGUAAGAAGAGUUAACAAACCCUAAAGCGUAAUCUAGACCGUCUUCCCGAACUCCGGCUUUAAAGUUUUCAUUCAGUUUCAAUAUUUCAUUUGAGCCCUAAUGCUUGGAAUCUUAUAUCAUUUCUCUCCAUCUUUGUUAUUGGACGGCGAAAAGUCUACAGCUCCGGUCGAUGAUGGAGGUGUUGAAGGAGAAUUUCGUAGACGUUGGGAGUUCUGCAGAGUCUUUUCAGAAAUUGUUAGCAUCUCAGAGAGAGCUUUUUCACAGCCAGGUCGAUCUACUUCAGAAGAUUGUUGUAACGCAAUGCAAACUCACUGGUGUAAAUCCUCUGUCACAAGAAAUGGGAAAAGACCAAGAGAUUUGCUAAACCCUAAAGCAGUAAAAUAUAUGCAAUCAGUCUUCUCCAUUAAAGAUACGAUUAGCAAGAAGGAGUCUCGUGAGAUCAGCGCUCUUUGUGGUGUUACUGUUACACAGGUUCGAGAAUUCUUUUCUGGUCAGCGUUCAAGAGUGAGAAAGCAUGUCCGAUUGUCAAAGGAGAAGGUGGUUAAGUCCAAUGCAUCCAAGGCAUCCCAGGAUGGGAGCUCAACUGUGUCUGAUCCUUCCAUGCCUAUUGAUCAAGUUCCUCUGAAUUCUGUGGACCCUAAGACUGUUGAAGGAGUCCCCUCUUGCUCAUCACAGGAGGAAGCUCUGCCUGACAUAGACAACUCUGAUAAAACUUUCCUUGAGAAUAUUUUCAAUUUGAUGAGGAAAGAGGAAACAUUUUCUGGGCAGGUGAAGCUGAUGGAGUGGAUCCUGCAGAUACACAAUUCUGCAGUUUUAUAUUGGUUUUUAACUAAAGGUGGUCUGAUGAUUUUAACAACAUGGUUGAGCCAAGCAGCUUUGGAGGAACAGACAACUGUUCUCCUUGUCAUAUUUAAGGUCCUUUGUCACCUGCCAUUACAUAAAGCUUUGCCUGUUCAUAUGUCUGCCGUAUUGCAAACUGUUAACAGAUUGCGGUUUUAUAGGACAUCAGACAUAUCAAACAGGGCAAGAGUUCUGUUAUCAAGAUGGAGCAAAUUAUUUGUGAGAAGCCAAGCUCUGAAGAAACCCACUUCUAUGAAAUCCCCCAAUGCUGCACAGAAAGAGAUAAUCCAGAAGCAGAGGACGGGUGAAAUUCUCAGCGAUGAGUCUUGGCAGUCAAAAGUUGAUAUUCCUGAGGAGAUUCUUGCUCUCACUUUUGAAGGUUCAGAAGAUUCCAGGAAAUCAGAACCUCCGCGGACACUGAAACUGCUCCCUGCAUCUGCUGAUGAUUCAAACAGAAGACACAUUCGAAGUGUCUCUUCACCCCAAACCAGAGAACGCAGAAAAGUUCUGUUUGUUGAACAGCCAGGGCAGAAAACAAGCAGCAGAAGCCCACAGGUUGCAAGGGCAGUGCCUUUGAUGCAAGGGCGUCCAAUGUCAGCAGAUGAUAUACAGAAAGCCAAAAUGCGUGCAUUCUUCAUGCAAUGCAAGUAUGGCAAGAGUGGUUCAUCUUCUAAUGAUGAACAGAAACGAAAGAUGGAAGAUCCAAUGAGACCUUCUACUUCUUUGAGAAGCAAUUCGCCUUUAUCAUCUAAACCCCUUGUUAGGCUGAAUGAAGAAAAAGCUAAUUCAGCUGUACUUGCCUCAACAGUUUCUCCCACCAAAUUGGUAGAUAUUAAUGAACAAAAGUCAAGUUUGGACCACCAGGAAUCCUCACAGGAGAAGUUGAUGAGGAAUCAAACCUCAUGGAAGACUCCUUCAGAGAUGAGGAUCAACCAUCUAUGGAGGCUUGGCACAGGAGAGAAGAGCAAAGAAGUUGAAGUCCAGAUUGAGAGGAUAAGACGGGAGAAGGAAACCUUUUACCAUAGUAAUCAGGAAAUUCCACCUAAUCCCAAGGAACCUUGGGACCUAGAGAUCGACUAUGACGACACCUUGACCCCGGAAAUACCAACUGAACAGCCACCAGAUGCCGAUGUUAUGGAAUCGUUGGCUUCUCCUAUUGAUAAAGGAAACUCCUCAGAUACUUCUGCAGCCACUGCAUCUGCAACCAGUAAGGAAUAUUGUCACCCUGCCCCUGCAUCUGCCCCUGCGCCUGCAACAAGUACUGGGUGUGCUCCUGAACCAGAUCUUGAGUUGCUUGCUGUACUUCUGCAGAACCCACAACUGGUUUUUGCUUUGACUUCUGGCCAAGGUGGUAGCUUAACUAGUGCAGAUACAGUGAGGGUUCUCGAUAUGAUCAAGGCUAGUGGGAUUGGUUUACCUGGGAUUUCAAGUGGGAUGGGUGGAACGGCUGAGGAGAAGGUGGAAGUGACAUCUCUUCCAUCACCAACUCCUGGAUCAGAUCACAUAAUGAGUGGAUGGAGACCUGAACUCGGUAAGGAUCGUUUCUCUGAGUCUGUUUCAGUGGCUUAUAAUAGCGCAGUGGUGACUUCGUCCAUUCCUUCCUUGGGAAAGCUCCCCCAUGGUAGUCCAGUGCAGCCCCAAGUUCCAAAUCAAUACUUUUCAUCACCUUACAUACCAACCACUGUGCCCCAACAGCUUCAAGCAACAUUUGGUGCUGUGUUGCCAGAGAGACAACUACCCUCAGUAACUCCAUUUCUAAACCAACAAUCUUCCUCGACUAUCAAUGAAGCUGUCUUACCUAUGAAACGGUUCUUACAUCCCAGUUCCGCCCCACAGCAGCCAGAAUCAAGAGGGCUUGGGCAAAUGCACAAUGUGAAGCCUGCAACCAUAUCGAUUGAAUUGAAUCCCACGAAGGAGAGGCUACCUACUACUGCCUUGCAUCCGUUUCGGAGUCAACCAAGGCCACACCCACCUCUGUUACCAAACCCUCCGCCCAUUCAGCCACUGCACACCACAUGGCCGCCCAAUGCAGCUGCCUCUGGGCUACAGGCUUCUGUUUCUUCUUCCCGGAAUGUUAGGCAGUUUACUGCAACAAGUAACCAUUUCCAAGCUAACCAAAACAAUUACAACUUAUUGUCCCGGGGGAAUGUGGGUGAGCCGGAGCUAGAGAUGUGGAGUCCGGAGAGGAGCCCAGAGAGGUCCCCAUUGAAUCAAUCUGGAUGGAGCUUUCCUGAACCCAGAAGUGAUUAUGGCUGGAAUUCUAGACCUGAUCGGUCAAGGCAACAUAACUCUGGGUACAAGGAACGUAGUAGGGAAGGUAGAAGAUGGCGAAGAAGGCACUGAGUCUCUGUAUAUUACUACUUGGCAUCAGCCAUGACUGCCAAUCAUCUAAAUGACAAGCAUAGAACUGUGUAUAGGUCCGAAGCUUGAUACAAAUGGGCUGCGAGGGAAAAGAUUCUUAGAUUCAAAAUUGAAUUUGUUGAUAAAAUUGAACAUUAAGCUUUGAGAUUUACCAUUCAAACGUCCUAUUGAUUGAUGUUUGGUGAUGGGCAUAAAAUCAAAUUUCAGCUCUGGCCAAUUUUCCCCUC